CGGAUUGUCAGCCUGACGUCACAGUUUAAAAUGGCUGCCUGAGAGGAAAAGUGUCGUGCUCGGGGCACUAGCAGUAGGCGUGUCUCUUGCAAAUUUGUUGGAAAAAUGAAGAGAGAGUGUUGUGAUAACUCGGGUGGCCUGACUUUUCCGCAUAGCGGCUCGCACGAGGCCCUCGGCCCGGCCGUCCUGGGUCCCAGCUCGGCGAGUAGCGGGCUCGGGGAGCGCAGCUAGGGCGCUUGCAGAACCUAGACACCGCUUGUCAAGUUUUGUGUACAUCGCCCGUCCCUCGAGUCCCUCCUGGGGGCUGGGGCGAGGACGGCCCGACGAUGUGGAACAUGAUGUGCGACGUGAUGCCCACCAUCUCCGAAGACUCCAUCAGCCAGCGCGGGAGUCAGUUCGCCGGGGAGGAUGCCAACUUCGAACAGCUUAUGGUGUCGAUGCUCGACGAGCGCGACAAGCUCCUGGAGAACCUCCGGGACGGCCAGGACCGGCUGGCGGAGCUCGAGGCCAAGUUGUCUCAGGUGGAGAAGGAGCGCGACUCCCUGCAGAGGCAGAUAUCGGCCAGCCUCCCCCAGGAAUUGGCCACUUUAACAAAAGAAUUAAACCAAUCUAGGGAACAACUACUGGAGCGAGAAGAGGAAGUUGCUGAACUGAAAGCAGAGCGAAAUAACACUAGAUUACUUUUGGAGCAUCUGGAGUGUCUAGUCUCGCGCCAUGAAAGGUCAUUGCGCAUGACUGUUGUCAAAAGACAAGCAGCUGCCCAAAGCGGUGUUUCUAGCGAAGUUGAAGUUCUGAAGGCUUUGAAGUCACUUUUUGAACAUCACAAAGCUCUAGAUGAAAAGGUUCGAGAGAGAUUAAGAGUAGCAUUGGAACGAAACUCAACUCUCGAAGAGGAACUUACCUCAGUCAAAGAAGAGCUUCUCCAAUUUAAGUCUGGAGGUAGAGUUCCGUCUAUUGAUGAUAGCUGUAAACCAAAAGAAAAUGGCCAGCAGGAUGAUGAUCAUCCCCGGAAUGAACAGCAGCAGCAAUUGCAGCAGCAGCAAUUACAACAGCAAAUCAACAAGCAACGCCUUUCAAAUGGCGGCCUUGAGCUUGAGAUGGAAUCAGAAAGGGAGGGUUCUGUACCAAAACAGACUGCAGAGUUGGCUCAGUGGCAGAGAAGAGUUGCAGAACUGGAAGAAAGCUUGUCCAAAGCCCAAAAAGAAGUUCUGAAGAUUCAGGAUGCAAAUUCGAAGCUGCAACGGGAUUUGAGAGAAAAUGUUGCUCAAAAAGAAGAUCAGGAGGAGCGAAUUGCUACCCUAGAGAAGCGAUAUGUUAAUGCACAGCGAGAAUCCACCUCCUUACAUGAUCUUAAUGAAAAAUUGGAACAAGAGCUUCAACACAAAGAAGCCCAACUCAAGUUGCAGGAAGAAAAAAUUCGUGCUAUCCAGGAAAAGCUAGAACUGGCCGAACAGAAACUGGCCCAGUAUGCAAAGCUGCCAGAAAUGGAGGAAGAGCUGAAACAACGCAUGGAGGCCUUGAGCCAGGUGAGGGCACAGGCGCAGGAGCGGCAUGGAUCAGCAGAAGAUCGAAUUCAACGCUUGGAAGGCAAUUUGGAUGAAAAGAAUGCUGAGCUUCUGCGUCUGAACCAGAGGCUGAAAAUAAAUGAAGAACACAACACUAGGCUAUCUGCAACUGUGGAUAAACUUCUGUCAGAAUCAAAUGACAGAUUACAAGUGCAUCUAAAAGAGCGAAUGCAUGCAUUGGAAGAAAAGAAUGCUCUGCAACAAGAGCUCGAUAAGCUGCGCAAGGUUAUGGAAGAUCUGCAAGGUGAAAAGGGCAGUAUUGUCAAGGAGCUUAGUAAAGCUAGGAUGGAGAAUGACAAUGUUAAACGACAGAUGCUGCAGCAGGAAAUAGCCUACAACAUUCAGCAAACAGAAGCUCUAACCAGGAGUUUGUCUCCCAGCGCUGUUGAUGCCAGCUUUGUUCGUAGUUCUAGUCAGUUAAGUUUCGACACCCAUUCCUUGCCCAGAAGGCAAAAGAGUAGGCUUGGUCUUGAUGAUGAUCCUGCCAAAGAUUGGGAAAAACUCCAGCAAGCUCAAAUGCUAUUUGAUACAAGUGAUGCUGAAGGUGAUGACAAUGAAAGUAUUUUUAGUGCAGCAGACAUAUUAAGCCCAACAGGCCAUACUGAUGCGCAGACUCUAGCCCUCAUGCUGCAGGAGCAGCUAGACGCUAUCAACAAUGAAAUAAGGUUAAUUCAAGAGGAGAAGCAGAGUACAGAAGCGCGGGCAGAGGAGCUAGAAUCUCGUGUAGGAAGCUUGGAACAUAUGAACUUGCUGUCACGUGGGCGUAGUUUUGAGAGAGCUUCUCCUCCUGUCAGUGGUCGAUCAACUCCAAAGUCGCAUCACUCACCCAGUCGGGAUUAUCUUCAUAAGUACCAUACGGCACCUGCCUCUAUGUCCCCGGCUCAUCUUCAUCAAUAUGUCUCUACUAUGAGUCCUGAAUCGUUGCCUGGCAGUCAGCUUCAAUUAGGACCACUACCUGGAGAUCUUUCAUCUGAAGAACUUCACUCUGUUACUGGUGACAGCAGUGGUGCUGCAAGUCCACUAACAGCUCGCUCUAUGCGUCUUGAAAGAGUUGCUCAAGCACUUGCUCAGAGCCAAGAAGAACUUCGAAGACGAGUUGGUGCGAACGCCAUGCCGGGCCCUGGGACCAUCCUCAACCAAAGGCCCGGCGGUCUCUGCACACCCCCAUCUCCUCUGUCUUCUCGCCACAGCAGCCAGGACUCCCUCCACCGAAACCUCCUUGGUGGUCCCUCAAUGUAUGCUGCUGGAUACCAAAGCAGUUACGGGUCAGGGCUGAUGAUGUCUGCAUCAAGUGGUGCAGUGAACACAGUUCCAUCGUCUUCAGCAGCAGCAGCUGCGGCGGCUGUUGCAGCUCAGAAGAAAAAAGGCAUCAAGUCGUCCCUUGGACGUUUCUUUAGCAAAAAAGAGAAAGUCAGUGGAGAGGUUAAAGGGAAAGAUAUGGGAUAUGGAGCUAUGGAUAGCUAUGGAGACGGUGAUUUGAGUUCUGCAGACACCAUGAGUUUGAGUGGUGCAACUAGCAUGGGACAGAAAGCAGAUUUUGAUCGUAGAAAGAAGAAGAAUGUGUUGUCAUGUCGUCAUGAACUGUUGGCUGAAGCAAUGAAAGCUGGUACUCCUUUUGCGUUGUGGAAUGGUCCAACUAUAGUUGCGUGGCUUGAAUUAUGGGUCGGAAUGCCAGCUUGGUAUGUGGCUGCCUGUCGAGCAAAUGUUAAAUCAGGAGCAAUCAUGAGUGCCCUAAGUGAUCAAGAAAUUCAACGAGAAAUUGGAAUAAGCAAUCCCUUGCAUAGAUUGAAACUUCGGUUAGCAAUACAAGAAAUGGUCUCAUUAACAAGUCCCUCAGCGCCUAAAACUUCUCGUACCACCUUAGCAUUUGGGGACAUGAAUCAUGAGUGGAUUGGCAACCAUUGGUUACCAUCUUUGGGCCUAACACAGUAUCGAUCAACAUUUAUGGAAUGUUUGGUUGAUGCACGUAUGCUGGAUCACCUAACAAAAAAAGAUUUGCGUGGACAGCUUAAAAUGGUUGAUAGUUUCCAUAGGACUAGUCUGCAGUUUGGCAUAUCAUGUUUGAAGAGAUUGAAUUAUGACAGACAAGCUUUAGAGGAUAGAAGGAAAGCUUGUGAAAAUGAAGUUCGAGAUGUCAUUGUAUGGUCUAAUGAAAGAGUUAUUCGAUGGGUUAGCUCUAUAGGCUUAAAGGAAUAUGCCAACAACCUUUUAGAGUCAGGGGUGCAUGGAGCUUUGAUUUCUCUUGAUGAAAGCUUUGAUUGUAAUAGCCUGGCAUUGGCACUUCAAAUACCAACACAAAACACACAAAUGAGACAAAUGCUAGAUGUGGAAUUCAACAAUCUCUUGGCCAUUGCCUCAGAACGUCAUGUGGAUUCAGAAGGACCAAAAUCUUGAUAUUACACCACCCGCCUACCACAAGAUCAAUAAUUUAUUGUUCAGCUUUCCAUUCAUCUGUGCAGCAGACAUUCCAAUCAAGAGCUAACCGGAAGGUUGAUUGUGCAGCAGAUGCUGGAUAGCAGUGGGCGGGUGCAGCACGUGAUGCAGGAAUCGUCAGUUUUCACUAGUCGUGUUGAUUAUUGUUGGAUUUGGACGGACUGGCGUUUGGAGAAGUGCUUUCUUCAUUCGCCCUUGUUCUUGUUAAGUUUGUAUGCUUGUUGAGUGUAUAAUGCAAAAGAAACAAAGAAACUGCUUUGAGUAUUCAAUGUUUCUAAAUGUAGCACCAAGUCAAGUGUGCCAUUAGUAAGAGGAACAUCACUCGCAAUUUUUAAUGGUUUGUUGAUUCCUCAAGUAUUUGUAAAAUAAUUGAUAUUGUUGGCAAGGUUCUGUUCAUGUUCAUUCUUCCACACUCUGUUAAAGGAAGACAGCGUGACAUAUUUUAUCAAUUAUAAGAAUGCCGUGUGUGUAUAGUUAAGGUAUUUGGUUACCUUGAAAUCACUUAUCAAUGAAUAAUUCAAUGCAGUAUUAAAAUGUUUUUACCA